UCCAAAUUCACUUUUUCUCAAUACAAUUUAACCGAUUUUAUUUUAUACAUUCAUAAACAUAUAUGUAGUACUCGCAUCAGCAGCAGUUUAUAAUACUUUUUUCUCUAUUUAAUCACAGACAAGAAAAAAGAAAGAAGAAAAAAACCUAGGGUUAGGGUUUGGUUGUAAUCCCCUUUCAUGGCGGAAGAUGAAGAAUCAAUUUCCAAUGUGAAUAACCCAAUCAUGACCGACGAGCUAAAACCCGAACCUGUUAUUGAAUCGAGUGCCACGUCACCGACACCGGUAGUUGAGAGUAAUACGAUUUUGCCGGUUCCGGAGUCGGAGGUGGGCCCACCGGUGGUAGAAUCAGAGGUUGCCGGAGACAGUUGUCAGCACAGUGGCGGUGGUGAUGCUAACGUUGGAGUAGCUGAAAAUGGGGAGAAUGAUGAAGCAAUGGUAGAAGGAGAAGUAGUGGCUGAGGCGAGCCCGCCUAUGAAAGAACCAAUGGUUACAGGGACGGAAAAUGAGGAGAACAAAGUAGUGGGAGAGGAAAAUGUAACGGCGUUGGUGAAAGAUGAGGUGGCAGAGGCAGUGAAUGUGACGAAGGAGGAAGCUAGCAGUUGUUUGCCAGCUGGUACUGUUGAUGAGACAGUGGUUAUGACGAGAAAUGAAAAUGAGAAUGAGAAUGAUGAAACAAUGGGGGAGGCAAAUAUUUCAAUUGUUGAAGACAGAAAAAAGUUGGAGGACGCGGAGAAUGGUGAAACAAAAAUUGUGACUAGAAAUGAUAAUAUGGAGAAUGGUGCAACAAAAAAUGUGACUAGAAAUGAUAAUAUGGAGAAUGGUGAAAUAGUGACAGAGGCAAAUGUUUUAACUGUUGAAGCUAGUAGUAGUCUAGGGUUAGGGAAAGAUGGAGAAAUGGAGGCAAUAAAGAGCGAGGAAGUGGAAAUUCCUCCUAUUGUGUUAGAUGAUUUAGGGGGGGUCACUCUAGAAAAAGAAGAUGAAACAAUGGAUGCUGAUGAUGAGAAAACUGCUAAUGAGGAGAAAGUGGUUGUGACUCAAAAUGAGGAAAAUGAUAAAAUGGCAUCAGGGAUAGAUAUUUCAGCUGCUGAAGCUGGAAUAGAGUUGGAGAAAGAUGUGGAAAUGGGUACAACGAAGCAUGACGAAGGGACUGGUGCUGAGGGCGAGGCUGCUACUGGGGAGAAAGUGGUUGUGACUCGAAAAGAAGGAAAUAAUGAAAUGGUUACACAGGUAGAUACUUCAGCUGUUGAAGCUAGGAUAGAGUCGGAGAAAGAUGUGGAAAUGGAUACAAUGAAGCAUGAAGAAGGGGAACCUGUUCCUCUAGAGGAGGAUGAAGGGACGGGUGCUGCUAAUGGGGAGAAAGUUGUGACUCGAAACAAGGGAGAUGAUGAAAUGGCAUCAGGGGUAGAUAUUACAGCUGUUGAAGCUAGAAUAGAGUCAGAGAAAGAUGUGGAAACGCAUGAAAUGAAGCAUGAAGAAGUGGAACAUGUUUCUCUAGACGAAGAGGAGGAUGAAGAGACGGGUGCUGAGGACGAGGCUGCUAAUGCAACUACUACUGAAAUAGAGACUGAAACUGACAUGACAGAGUCAGGGAAAGCUUUUGGAGGAAAGAGGAAGAGAAAAAUUACUAAGAGUACUGGGAAGUCCAAGUCUGGAGGAAGAACUUCAAGUAAGAAAGCUAUUGGAGAGGAUGUUUGCUUCAUUUGCUUUGAUGGAGGGGCUUUGGUGCUAUGUGACCGUAGGGGUUGUACCAAAGCAUAUCAUCCUUCAUGUAUUGAUAGGGACGAGGAAUUUUUCCGUGCCAAGGGUCGCUGGAAUUGUGGUUGGCAUCAGUGUACUAUUUGUCAGAAGAAUGCUUACUAUAUGUGCUACACAUGUACAUUUUCAUUAUGCAAGGGGUGCAUCAAAGACGAUGUCAUCCUAUGUGUAAGAGGAAACAAGGGUUUUUGCAAGAUCUGCAUGAGAACUGUCAAGCUAAUAGAAGGCCUUGGUAAAGAAGACAAUGAUGGUCCGGUAGAUUUUGAUGACAAGAGUAGCUUUGAGUAUCUGUUCAAGGACUACUUAAUGGAUUUAAAAACGAAGCUAUCUUUAUCUUCAGAUGAAAUAGCUGAUGCCAAAAGUCCUUGGAAAGGGGCUAAUGUGUCAGCUUCUAAACAAGAACUGGCUGAGGCACAAUUUGACAAUAAUGAUGAUGCAGGUUCUGGUUCAGAUGCUUCCACUGAGACAUUGGAAGCCAGUAAAACUAAAAAAAGAAAGCUAAGAAAGCGUUCAAAACCGGUCAGAAAUGAAGAGGAUGCAACAACUACGGCUGUUACUAUUAGCGAAGGCUUCUCCACAGCUGGCACCACUGAGUGGGCAUCAAAAGAGCUGCUUGAAUUUGUUAAGCACAUGAAAAGUGGUGACACUUCUGUUCUUUCUCAAUUUGAUGUGCAAGCUCUGUUGCUCGAAUAUAUCAAAACAAACAAACUGCGUGAUCCUCGUCGUAAAAGUCAAAUUAUAUGUGAUUCAAGACUUGAAAGAUUAUUUGGUAAACCACGAGUUGGGCACUUUGAGAUGUUAAAACUACUUGAGUCUCAUUUUCUUAUGAAAGAGGAUUCUCAGACUGAUGAUGUUCAAGGUAGUGUAGUUGAUACAGAAUUUAAUCAAUUUGAAGCUGAUGCAAAUGCUGAAACUCCUACAAGGGCAGUCAAAGACAAGAAACGUAAACGUAAGAAAGGUGAAAACAGGGGACCUCAGUCAAAUCUUGAUGAGUAUGCGGCUAUUGAUGUGCAUAACAUCAGCUUAAUUUACCUACGACGGAAGUUGGUGGAGGACCUUUUUGAAGAGGAUGACAAAUUUCGUGAUAAAAUUAUUGGAACCUUUGUGAGAAUACGAAUUUCUGGUAACGUUCAGAAGCAGGACCUUUAUAGGCUGGUGCAAGUUGUAGGUACAAGCAAAGCUGCCGAACCAUACAAACUUGGCAAGAGGACAACUGAUAUUGUGCUGGAGAUCUUAAAUCUGAACAAGACAGAGAUUUUAUCAAUAGAUACAAUCUCAAAUCAAGAUUUCACAGAGGAAGAAUGCAAGCGUCUGCGCCAGAGUAUGAGAUGUGGACUCAUUGAUAGACCAAAAGUGCGUGACAUUCUUGACAAGGCCAUGGAAAUACAUGCAGCAAGAGUUAAUGAUUGGCUGGAGUCAGAGAUACUCCGUCUCAGUCAUCUUCGUGAUCGAGCAAGUGAGAAAGGACGCAAGAAGGAACUUAGAGAAUGUGUAGAGAAACUACAGCUCUUGAAGACUCCCGAUGAGCGUCAGCGUAGACUUGAGGAAGUUCCAGAAAUACAUGCGGAUCCAAAAAUGGACCCAAGCUACGAGUCCGAGGAUGAGGAUAGUGAAAGUAAUGAUAGACGAGAUGUUUACAUGAGGUCUAGAGAUUCAAGUUUUAGCCGGAGAGGACGUGCGCCAGUUUCUCCAAGAAGCAACUUUUCUCCAAAAGAAUCCUGGGGGGCUGUAGGAAAAGUUUCUUCAAAGAACUUGGAAUUAAACAGGAGUUCCUCUGGUAAAAACGUUUUGAGCAGAAGUGAAGAUGGUGCGCAUUCUGGAGGGGGACUGAAUGAAGAUACAUGGAAUGAAGGAAGGGAUAGGGAGACAGAAUCUAAGAAUCUGGAGAAGCCGUCGUCUGCUGCUAAUUCCGACCCAACUGGACGGAAUAGCCAAUUUUUGUCAAGAACGGAAUCAUUUUCUGGUGUGUCAUCGGUAGGCUCUCCAGCUAUACUCCAGAGUAAGGUUGCAGAAACUUCCAUCAAGAUCAACGAAGCUGAAAAAAUGUGGCAUUACAAGGAUCCUUCUGGUAAAAUACAGGGACCAUUUUCUAUGGUCCAGUUGCGUAAAUGGAGCAAUACAGGAUACUUCCCUGCUGAAUUGAAAAUAUGGAAAACUACCGAUAAACAAGAGGAAUCUAUUCUUUUGACUGAUACAUUGGCAGGGAGGUUUGAGAAAGUGCCAUCAGCAGUUGACAAUAUACUUUCAACAACUGUUCUGCAAAAACAAGAUGGAGAGAGACCUCAAGUCGACCAGAAUAUUGGAUCUCAGAAUUCUCGUCGUUUGGUUCCCUCUGGAGGUGGAAUGACUUCUUCUGGUGAAGUUUCUGCUCUUUCUACGGAGAAUUGGAGUAACAGUGAUUCUAUGAAUCUCCCUUCUCCCACUCCAAAGCAAAAUAAUGCCGGUUGGGUUGGAGGAGAUGGAUCUGCUGUUACAGCUGCAAAUUUGUAUCCUAGUGGUAACAGAGUUCUCCAAUCUCCUCCCGCUCCACCAGAUGGUGGGAUUCAUAUGUCUACUUCUGUUCAAAAUUCUGGUGUGCAUUCAGUUAGGGGAUUGGAUAGUAAUAAUGUGAAUUCUGGUAGUGAUUUUGGUCUAGCGCCCACUUCUGAGCAGGUAACUGCUGCACAGUCUGGAUAUUCUUUGCAAAAUGUUCAGUCAUUUGCUUCUAGUAGCGAACAACAUACUGCAGUGAUGAAUAGCCAAUUUGGUGCAUGGGAUGCAGCAGCUCUCCAAGCAGAAUCUCUUGAUAUGCAGAACCCUAAUGUGGAUGUCAAUACUUGGGUUGCAGCUGCACCUUCCAAGGGAGAGCCAAAUGUUUCUGUUCUGGCACCAGGGCAGCCACAGGGAUAUGGUAACUGGGGUACUACGUCGUCAUCUGUUCAGAAUGUUGCUGGAAAUUAUUCAAAUGCAGGUGCCUCAGUUUUGCCUCAACCUGAUUAUUGGAGAGCUCCAGCUCAAGGCAGCCAACAGAACAUACAGCCUACAACUAUGCUUAAUGUUCCAUGGGGUGGUUUGCAAGAGAAUAUGAGUUCUGCUUCAGCGUUAAGGCCUGAAAAUAACAAUGGCUGGGGUAUGAUGCCAGGAACUCCAAAUGUGGGCUGGGGUGGACCUGUACCAGCAAUCAUGAAUGUGAACUGGGGAGCGACUGUUCAAGCAAUGCCUCAAGGGAACCCAAAUCCUGGGUGGGUUCCCACUGGGCCACUUCCUGGGAAUCCGAACCCCGGAUGGGUUGCACAAUCAGGGAAUCCUGGUGUUCAGGGCGUGGCGCCUGGAAAUGCCAAUCCAGGUUGGGUCGCUCCAACAGUGAGCUCAGGAUCAACUAUUCAAGCACCUACAUCUGGUAAUGGGUGGGCUGCUAUAGGAACUGGAAAUCCUGGAGCACAUAUCCAAGGACCAUCUCAAGGAGAUUCAAAUCAAGGUAGGGGUGCACCUAGUGGAAGUCGGGGGACAAGAAAUAAUGAUCACCAUGAAGAUGGGAGAUUCUCGGGUCAGAGGGACAAAGGAUCUCAUGGUAGUAAUUCUGGUUACAAUAGUAGGAACUGGGAUAGGCAACCCUCUUCUGGAAGUAGAGGGCCUGGAGGUUCAUCUAGAGGUGGCUUCAACAGGAAUAAGCCCUGCCCAUAUUAUCCGAGUGGUCGAUGUAUAAAGGGUCCUAGAUGCAAUUUUCUUCAUAACUAAACAGGAGGAACAAGUAGUAAUAGUAGGAGAAAGGUGAUUUUGUACAGUGAUUUCGUCUCUGUUUUCUUUAGUAUAUAGGCAAUUUUGGUGUUCUAUAUUUGUAAAACUUGUGCAGAUUAGUAGGUCAGCUCUCAUCUGAUCUGAUACAAGCUUUUCCAGUAGCUAGAGUCAACCUGCUUCCAUAUCAGUUUUUUUUUUAAUUUUUUGUUAUCAGCUUCUAAUAAAGCCACAGGUGAGCUUUAUGCCA